AUGAAGUUCUAUAUUCCAUUCCUCGCAGCUCUCGCCGUGGCUGCGCCACUCGAGAAGCAGCUCAAGGCUCGGACGCCGGGCACUCUCAACUUGGGAAACACCCUGACCCAAGCCCUCGGUGCCGUCGACCUGAAGAAGGUGCUCAGCGAUGUCGGGCUCAAGGACGUGAGCCAGUUGGACGGCCUCGAGAAAGGCACUGGUGCCGUCGACAAACUCCUCAAGUCGCUCACCAAAAGCCUUUCGAGUCUCACGAAACAGGUCAAGGAAGCGAUCAAGAAGGCGGUCGGCAAGGGAGGCGUCUUGUCCGGUCUCGUCGCCCAGCUCGACCCGACCGAUCUCGGCGUAGGAGAGAAGCAACAGCUUAGCCUGCUCUUCGGCGACGGCGGCCUUCUCAGCCGUCUCCUCAAGAACCCGAAAAUCACGACAUACGACGACGCCGACAAACUGCUGUUGAGCGGCCUUCUAGGCGACAACGGUCUCUUCGGUCGUAUUCUCAAAGGCCUCAAACUCACAUCCCUGUCGGCCGAGGACCAGAAGAAGGUAACGGACCUGUUGGGCCCAGACGGUGCCGUCAGCCGCCUGGUCGCCAGCCUCCUCCAGCAAUUAGCUGCGACUCAAGUGAAGGUUGGAUCAACCACGCAGUGA